AUGGAAUAUACGCUUUCAAGGGUUGCGAACCAGCACUCUCCCGACCCUGAUCCAACAUUGGCAAACGGAUCGCGAAUUUCGACCAGUUCAAGAAUUUCCCAGUGUCAGAAUGACAAGGUUAAGUAUGAAUUUAAUCCGGAGAAAGAAGCUGCUGAUAAAAACUAUGCUCAGCUACAGGCAAUCUUCCAGGAUGCAGAAGAUGAUGGUAGGGGUGGCCUGGACCUAGACGAAUUUAAGGUAGCAUUGAAAAAGACGGUGGGUUACAUGAUGACAAGCGACGAGCUAGAAUUGUUGUUUAUGAAAGUGGACGCUAAUUCUGACGGUCGUGUAGACUGGGAAGAGUAUGUUACGUAUAAUCUUCUGGAAUACAAAGAGAGAUCUCUUAUGAUCGAGAGAUUGCGCGAUAGACCUUUCCCUCCAGAAUCCAAAGAUAUAAACACUCGACAUAGAGAGACCAUCAUCCGAGUGGCGAUUUAUCCAACUGUCCAUAAGAAAGCCAGCACAAACCAGUGUUCUCUCGACUACUACACGGCCCGGUAUGUAUCUUUGAGCAGAGAAGGGAUGGUAACCUUUUGGACCCCUAAGAUGAAACAGAUAAAUAGUUUUAUGACCCAUCCUUAUAUUGAGAAGUCCAAACAACCUUGGCUAACAGAGUUUGUAUGCGUUUAUAACGUCAACAUGUUAGCGGUGUCGUCAACCGAUAGAGAUAUAACGAUUUUUGAUACACAUGGCAACCAUUUUAAAAAACACUACUGCAUAGCCGGAAUAGAUAGCUGUAUAACGUGUAUGGAUUACUGGGCAGACAUAAAAGACCUUAAUAAAUCGGUAAUGAUUUGGGGAGAUACGUCUGGAUCGGUAUAUGUAUUAGUCUUUGAGUGUGCAUUGAAAGGAAGUCUCUUUGGAGCGAUGGGUGGGAAAAAGGAUUCCUUCAGAGAAAUCUCUUUACCAGAGGUGUUGCGAGGGUUCUAUCUCGGAGUCAGAGGAUACAAGAUUGGGAGAAUCCACGAUAAUUGGGUAUCUGAAAUAAAAUUUAUACCCGAAAUGGAUAUCUUUGCCACUUGUUGUCAAUCAAAUGACACGUCUAUGUACCUCGGAGACUAUAAGUACAAGAGGAAAAUCAACAGCUACUUCAAGGUCAACAAAGGACUUCUGGCGUUUGACUAUUGUCCCGAUAAAAACGUCAUCGCAACAGGCGGAAUGGAUUAUAUUAUACGGGUCUGGAAUCCGUAUGUCAACAGCAAACCGAUAUUUGUAUUGAAAGGACACUGCCAGCCAGUGACACAUGUUGUCAUCAAUUCUUUACGAAGUCAGAUAAUAAGCAUUGACACGGGAAGAAACGUUCGCGUGUUUGACAUGAAAGAACAAAAUUGUUUGCAGCAGGUCAGUGGGCGUUUGAUGAAAGUAGGUCUCUUCCCCAUCUCUUCAAUGUGCUUCAACCCAGCGACAGAGAAACUAGUACUUGCUACGAACACAUUGGCAAUGCUAGAGCGAAACAUCGAAGAAGAGAAAUCCGUUGAAAUCAUGUCACACCAAAAGCCAGUUCACGGGGCUCUCUACAACAAAACUUUUAAGUUUGUUGUCAGUUGCUGUCGCGAAUCUGUGGUAAGUGUGUGGGACUUGAACACUGGAGAAAAGGUUAUGCAAUUUGUAAAUGCCCAUAAACGCAUCGACAGGGGUGUGGAAAUACCUAUAGAAAUCACGGCUAUGACUUUUGAUGGACCUGGCAGACGACUGAUCACUGGCGCAAGAGACGGAACUGUAAAAAUUUGGAACUUCAACAAUGGGGACUGUCUCCAACAGUUUACAACUCCGGAAGCCCUGGAGAUCACGGGAAUAGUUAGCUCAAGGCAGAGAAUUUAUGUAACAGGUUGGUGUCAGACUGUUCAUGUUUACGUCGAUCAAACACCGGAGGUCAAUCGGCAAAACUGGAAGCAACGCCACGAAGAUGAUAUUCUGUGUAUUGCCCGGAUGCAACCACACCUGGUGGCAACAGGGUCUUAUGACGGAGACGUAGUUGUUUGGUCCAGACACACAGGGCAGGUUUACUGCACCCUUAAUGCCAAUAAAGGGAUUCUUCCCAUCUUAGAAAAAAUCAACAAAGUAGAGGCAAGACAAGAACAAGAAACGAUCGAAACGGAAACAGACUCCAUCGAUUCAAUCGAAUUAGCCGACUGGAAAGGCGCGGCACCAACCAAGACAAUUACAUCAGGAUUAGGGUUAAUGUUGAAAGUCAAGAAUGUUUCAUCGAAAUCUGAGUCCGUACACACUGAAUCCAAUUUUAGCACUGUCAAAGAUUCUCCCGUGAACCAUCCCUUGUUGUCUUCUUGUAAAAACGAUCCCGAGAAUGAAUGCAUUAGCGGCAAACGCGAAGAGUAUGAUGAUAUUUGUAAGAAGUAUGAGGCAGCUGUCGAACAGAUUCUCUUUUUAGAGACAAGAGACGCCCACUGUAAAGAUACGGCCAUACUGGUAACAAGUGGGGCGGAGGGCUGGAUCAGAUUCUGGUCUUUGCAUCAAGAAGGGGGUCUAAUUGGUCAGUUUAAUGCUGCGCAUUGUGUUGGGGAAAGUGUCCAUGCACUUGCUACUGAUGAACAGAAUAAUUUCCUAUUCACCGGAGACACUUUAGGCUACAUCAAAACUUGGGAAAUCUCCGAUUAUUGCAUAUCCGGAAUAAAUAAAAGAGCAAGGUGUGUGCGGUGGCAAUGGUUACUGGAUACCUUUACGUAUCUUCGACUCGAGUUGCAGAGAGAUGAUAUGGCGAAGUACUUUAAUUCAUGUAGAAUGAAGCCACGCAACAUUGAGAUGCGUCCUCCUCCGAUGAUCACAGAGCCUAAGAAAACCCUGAAAUGGCCACUGCUUGUUAACUCCUACAGGGCGCACACCCAAGUGAUCAAUAGUAUUGAAUAUGUAGAAGAGAGAUCAGUCGUCAUAACGGCUAGCUCAGACUGUGCGGUCAGGGUGUGGACAUUGAGUGGCGUUUACAUUGGGACGUUUGGAGAAAUUUGGAAGCCGCUGAACAAAACAUUGAAAAAUAACACAUUGAACGAAAUUCGACUACCUAAAGAUAUUCGGCGGGUUGCCUCCGCCAAAACAUUUCACGUACUGAACAAUGGAACCUUUCCGAGGUGGAAGCUUGCGUUUCAGAGAAUCAAAGAACAGGGCUUGGUAAAGUUGGUGCCCCAGAACGAGCCCAUUAAUCCGCGAGAAGAAGAGCCAAAGAGAUGUGUCGAAACGGAUGUUAAACUACAAUCCAGUAACAUUCUGGGAAAGUCAUAUAAGCGCAGAACUAGACACAGAUUACCAAAACCUCUUCCCAAAUUUAUUGAGACACAAUCAUCGGUAGGGGUAUACCAUACCUUGUCGUUUGUGGACUUGACCGAUACAGACAGCAUGUUUUCUGAUGAAUUCAUGAAAGAAGUGACAGAGAGGCGAUAUGGAUCAAUCGUGCAAGAAAGACUGAAAAGAACUCGGCCAAAAAAGAAGCAGCAGCCAGCUUUGCUGGACGUGAUCGACAAGGUUACUAAGCUGGCAGCCCAUUCGGCUCCGUUAUACAGAAAACCAACACACAAGAUCAAGACCGCGCAUGGUAUACUCCAGAAAAAGGUGGAAAACAAGUUACCUCCAAUUCUUUCGGAAUCGGAGAGUCGUCAGGUGCAUGGAAAUGCUAAGCACGUAUCUAUCGUGGAUAGUCACUCAGAAAAAAAAAAGACUCAAUGAUUUAUCAAUUAGCUGAGCCAAUUGUUGCAGUUGAUAAUUAAUUUCUAAUUGAUUAAUAACUAUAUGGAAAGAGAACAUCAUUUUCCCGUAGGAUAUUUAUUGUCCAACUAUUAUAAUUAUGUUUGUUGAAAAUUACGUGAUGUUCAAAUACUAUAUACCUCCUUGUAUUGUUAUGAAUAUAGUAUGAUAAUC